UGUAUCUAUCUUAUUCGAAAAACACAAAAGAGACAUAUCUUCAUAGGGUCUAUAUAUUUUAUGGACGUUAUGGUUUGUUAAAAACGAUACUAAUGUGCGGUUAUUAGUAAAACCUUUCAUGAAAGGUCAUUUCCAAGCGCCAUAUUGACUUUCCGCAGGAGGUUACAUGUGCAUGUUUUGAUGUCAAUAAUAGCUCAAACAGGAAGAAAAAAGGUCCAAAACCCCCUAUAUAUAUUAGAUAGUGAAGAGUUUAGAACAUUUAAACGACAAUAUGUCUGACUCAGAUUCUGAUGUUCCUGCCCUGGUCCCUUCGUCUGAUGAAGAGGAUGAUGUUAAAGUGAUUAAAACUAAUGAUGAAUGUGUGGACAUAUGGUUAUCAAAGAACGUUAAGUUUCUAGAAAAACAAGAACACAACAUCCACAUAUUCUCACUAGGCCCAUUCAUAAUGGGAUUAGAAACAUUUAUAUCAAAGCCAUGGAUGUUCUGUCUUAAUGAUGCUAAACUAUUAAUUGAUAAAGUGUACAGAGAGAAAACUGAAUAUUCCAAGUUAACAGAUGAAGAAUGGGCAAACCUAGAUAUACUUGAUGUUGUUACUAAACUAGUUGUUAAGAAGAUGCGCAGGAGAAAGUUUUUGGUGAAUACACUGAACAUGAUAGAUAAGAUUGAAGAGUUUAACAGAGGGGAUGGAAUUGAUGUAAAACAUUCAAUACAGACGGCCAAUCGAUUUAAUCACAUUAUUGAAUUUGUGUGGGACAAAGCCUUAACACUACCCCAGUUAAGAGACAAGCAUCAAAAAGUAAAAUUUGCAGCAUUGUAUGUCUGUAAAUUAUGCCACAUGGUAAUUACAAGUCUUGCUAGAGAAGGAAAAGAUAUUGCUGAAGAUUUCAAAAAAUCAAUUAGAGCAAAGUGUGGUGGUGUUGAAAAAGCGUUGGAUUUCAAAGAUCAAGGGAAUCAGCAGUAUUCUCAACAAAAAUAUAGUGAGGCUAUCAGAUUAUAUACUGAUGCUAUUAAAGCAGAUCAAUUUAAUCAUCUCUGUUAUGGAAACCGAGCACAAGCCUAUCAAAAGUUGGAAAACUAUCAAGAAGCAUUGGCAGAUGGCAGAAGAGCUGUUCUCAUGAAACCAGACUGGAUUAAGGGUUACUACCGCUACUCUCAAGCAUUCUAUCACACUGGAAAAGUUGACAUGGCUAUUGCCAUCAACAAGAAGGGCAUGAGAAUAUGUGAAAAGACAAAAAAUAAUGAUAAGAUGCUGAGUGAGCUGAAAGAUCAAGGACAGAAACUUCAGUUUCAGAAGGACGGUGUUGCCAGUGAUGAAGUUUUACACCAAAUGAUCAAAAAUAACCGUAUGGACGAUAGUGUUCCUGAACAAAUAAGGAAUUUUCCAGGAUGUACUGUUAUAAAUAUAGAAUCGGCCAUGUCACAAUGGAGUCAAAAAAGAUUCAGUCAAGACCCUUCAGUUCUGUUGUCCAGUGAUGACCAUGACUCAAGUGAAGAGGAAUCAGUAGUAGAUGUACCAUACAGUGAAGCAAAGAAGAAAAUAUUUGAAUCGAGGAAGCAAGCCAAAGAUCCAGAAGUGGAAAAAUUACAUCUAAAUAAAACUCAAGGAAAGAAGUCACAGAAAGGACGGAAAGGUAAUCAGACAGGUGAAAAGCAAACCAAACCUGCAGUUACAGAGCCAACACCUAUACCUGUCCAAGAAAAAGUGAAAGAGAAAAUAGUUAUUGUACAGAAGAAUGAAAAUAAGGAGAUAGAGAGGUAUAUGGCUGAAGGAUCAAGUGCUUAUCUAAAUGGUCUAGGGAAGAAAGCUGUGGCCAGUUACCAGAAAGCUUUAGAUCUUCUUAGUAAUAAAAAGGCAGAGGAUUUUGGUUUAGACCAGCAAGAUGUGGCUGUUUUAGAAUAUGCAUAUGGUUUAGCUGAUAUAUCCACUGGAAUUUAUAAGCACAUUUUGGAUGGCAUUGAAAGGUUAAAGAAUAUUACAGAAACACAUAAAGAUAUACGACUACCUUUGCCAUACUUUGGGUUAGGCAAAGCUUAUAUAACUUUAAACAGAUUUGAAGAAGCCAUUGAUCCCCUAAAUAGGUGUUUACGUAUGGCUGGUACACUCAAGUUAAAUGUUCUCACCUGGCCAGGGACUGAUACUAAAAUGGAAGAAAGUAUAUCUGAUGAAUUACAGAAACAAGUGAAACAGUUAUUGACAUUGACAAAAUAUCCACCUGUCCCUGAUGCUGUAUGUAAAAUACACACGGACAAGGAAGACUCAAGAGCUCUUAUUUUCUUCUCAGAUCCAGAUUUUAAGGGUUUUGUGAGAAUUGUAUGUUUAACAAGCUGUAUAGUUGAGUUCCACAACCAUUGUUGGAAGGAUUUUAAGUCUAAAUAUGGGGAAAAGACAGGUGAUAAAGAUAUUUUAGAGAAACCAUGUCCAACACCAGAUUGUAUGUCCUGUAUUGUCAAAGUUAUAAUAAUCAAACAAGACAGUUUACAAAAAGAGAUAACAGCUGAUAAGACUGAGCAUGUUGCUUCAAAGCCAAAGAAGCCUGCACUUAAAUUGCCGCCAUCAAGUCAAGAUAAGAUAGAGAAAAGGAAGGAAAAGAAAGAAUUACGCAAACAGAGAAAGAGAGAAUCAAAGGAAGAAGAAGCCAAUGAUUUGAUGGAUGAUAUAGAAAGUGUUAGUGUACUGCCAACUGUAAAUGAACAAUGCAGUAUAACGAGUAUAGAAGAUCCAGUCAGUAUUGAUGCAGAUAAUGAGAAUGUUUCAGAAAAACUGAAACUUGAGUCUGAUGUUACAGUUGUAAAACAGCAAACUCAGGAAUAUAAAGGGAGCAAACCAAAGGCAACAAAGAAAAAAGCAAAGAAGAAGAAGGACAAGGGUAAACAAGUGUUGAAUGUAGAAGUGAACUUUGGUGAUGACGGUGAUAAACAGCUUCUGGGAGAGGAUUAUGUUGAAGAAGAAAAGCUUUCAACACCAGCCCCAUCCAUUCCUAAAGAGGAGGAAUUUACCAUGCAACAAAGUAUACAGAAACAAUUCAUACCUAAGGCAAGUGCAGUUACACCUGCACUUUUCGACGAAAUUGCAAAGAAUUUGUUUUCAUUUUUUGAGGACUUAUUGAAAGCUCAUGGACCGCUUCACAUCAAUGAUGCUAAAAUUACAACUAUGUUGGAAGAUUUCCCCCCGGAUGCAAAAGUCAGAAUUGAGACAGCUGGAGGUUUAAAUAAAUUUCUCUUGCAAUCAACAAAAUUUGCAAUGCAUGGUGAAAUUGUUUGCAUGAGAGAAGAUGCUCAUAAGGCUAGUAAGAUAUCUAGACAACAAAGUGAAAGUUUUGCCUCAAAAGCAUCCAAGCUUAAAUCUAAUAGUGAUACUACUCAAUCUGGUUUACAAAAACAGGAAAAUGUUUGGACAAAUGGCAAAGUUCUGGAAACUAAGGAAUUGAAGCUACAAGACAAUAUAUCUAAGGUAGCCUCGGAUCCAGAACUUGCUGACUUGUCGGGUAUGAAAAGCAAAGUAUCAAAGACAUCAUACAUGGAUACUUUGGAUGAUUUUGAUUAUCCAGAAAUUUCUUUUGAUAAAACUGUUGAACAUUCUAAAAAGAAUAUGGAAAAAACAGAUGAAAAUGUGAAAAAGAACUCAGAAAAAACAAUCGAAUAUCCAAAAAUUCCUGCUCCAGAAAAAAGUGUUGAAAAACCGCAACCUAGUGUUGAAAGAUCUGUUGCCAUGGAUAUGGACGAGUUGGAUGACAUUGACUUAAUUCCUGUUACUCGUAAAAGUAAGAAGAAAAAGAAAAAUAAAUGCAUGGAUGACCUUGAUGAUUUUGAUUGGAGCAUUUCUGAAUCAGACAAUUUCAAAGAAAAUGCAGCAAUUUCAGAUGUUGACAGUAUUAGUAGUAAAGAUGAAUUAUCUAAAAUUGUUGGAAGAGAUAAAAUGGACUUGAAUAAACUUGAGCGCAGAAAUGAAAAACAGGAAUUAAAGACUGAAUUUUCAAUGAGCCAAAGUAGUUCAAAAUCUGACCUUAGUGAAAGAAGUGAUUUAUCUGCCGAACUUAAGGGCGUGAAACAAAAAAUGCCAGAACUGAAACCACCUCCUGUUGCUAAAAGUAUGUGGCCAUCAAGAGAACGAACAUUGAACUCCUCCCCAAAUAACUUUGGGCCAAUUGGUUCUCCUGUGCCUUUAGAAAAAAGUGAAAACAGAGGUGAACAGUCCGAUUCAGUUCCAUCGUAUACAUCAUAUUUAAAUGACAAAAACAGUUCGUUACUGCUUAUGGACACAGCAAUAGCUGCUGAAAGGGAAAAAUAUAGGAUUGAUUCAAAAUUAGUACAAGAAUUGACCGAUCAAGUAAUGAACGAUAUGACGUUUGGGAAAAAUUUAACAGAAACAGAAAGAAAAGACUUGUACAAACAAGUGUCUCAAGAUAUUUGGAAUGAUUUUAAACGAACCAAAAAAACUGAUCAAUGGACACCAAAAACAACUGAAACAGGAUAUGAAUAUACAGUCAACAAAAAAUCUUUUAAUGAGGAAUACAUGAAAAAAUUUUACCAAAAGAAAACUACUGACCCUAAUUUAAAUUCUUUGUCAUUUGCGGUAGUGACUUCAAGUAAUUAUUUGUAUGGGGACACUACAUUUUCAAAUAAUAUUUCCUCCGCCAAUUCUGGAUGGCCAACAAGUGUUAAUGAUUCAUUAGGAUAUACAAACUAUCAUACAAAUUUGACUUCAACAACUACUUCAUCUUUUUCACCAUUAACUUCAAAUGUGUCUGCAUUUCCUUCAAUGACUACAACUCCAUCGCUGUUUUCACCAUUGACAUCCAAUUCUGGAUUUCAAUCCCCUUUUUCGAUGGCAGAUUCCAAACAAAAUCUUUUUGGUAAUUGGUCAAUUGGAAUAUCUGUGACACAGACAACAAGCAGUUUUACAUCUUCAACAUCUCAGCCUUUAAAUACUUUUCCAGGAAAUUAUACUAGUGAUAGUUCUGUGUUUAGCAACAGUUUUCAUAAAAAAUUCAAUGUGGAUCGUUCAGUUCAAUGUGUUGUUGAAACAUGCACCAUAGCAAUGAACACUGAACCUUAUGAACCUUUGAAGGAAGAAUUUCAACGAAUGAAAAAGGAAUAUGAUUUAUUACAAGGAGACUUGACAAGUGCAUUGACACAAAAACAAGAGCUUGCCUCACAUGUUCAGGAGCUGAACCACAGAUUUAAGACUUUUGAUUUGGAAGUGAAUAUUAAAAAUGAAGCUAUUGGUAAAGAGAGACAAUCCAUGCAAGAAAAACAUGAUAUGCUAUAUCUGGAGUGGAACCAUCUAAAUCAACAGCUUUCUCAGUAUGCUGAAAAUGAAAUAGAAUUAAAAGCUAAACUGUCUACGAACGAAGAAGAUUAUCAAGAGCUUCUUAAUCAGAAAUCAAAAGACAGACUGGAACUAAAGUUUGCGGAAGAUGAGUUUAAGAAAAAACAAGAAGAAUAUAAAAUGUUGUUUGACAGAGAGAAAGACAGGGCAGCCAGAGCAGAGAUUGAGGUAACAACACUUAAAAAGCAGUCUUCUGUAACUAUGUUGGAGAGAUCGAAGAAAGAGGCAAUGUAUCAUGUCCAUCAUUUAAAAGGACUCCAUAAAAAACACACAGACCAAGGAAAGGAAGUGCCCACACAAAUGAGUCAAGCAUUAAGUUUCUACGAAACAAUUGUGGCAAAAUGUGCAGAAACUAUACCUAAAAUGAUGAGUGAUUUCGAUGAACAGAUUACGCAGAUACAAAAUGGAAGGUGUUUAGCAGAACUUCCCCCAGUUUUUGUACCACCACCCCCUCCAGCUUUCUCCCCAAACUCUGGGGGAUUAGACACAAAACUGGAAGAAUCUUUAAGCAAGGUAGCAGAAUCGACACCACCAAAACUGCCCAGCAGUUCAUCAGGACUGAGCCCAAUAUCAGUCAAAGGUCCAACUUCUCAGCCAUCAGUGUCUUUACCAGCCCAGCCAAAACCAUUAAUCCCACCACCAGGACUACAAACACAGUCUCUAAGACAACAGAUACCAAGACUAGCCAAUAACAAAGCUGCUCAGGUUAAUGGUCAAGCUAAAAAUAGUUUUGAGAAAUUGGUUCAGAGACUUACUACAACUUUUCCACAGUAUAACAGAGCUAUAUUCACCCAAUUAAUCCAACAGCUACGUCAGAAUCGUGGAGGAUCUCUGUCAGGACUUACCAUUGAUGAGAUAACUCAGCAAGUAACACUCAUGGUUCAGGCUCAUGAACAGAAACAAAACAAAACUCAGGCUGCUGCUACUGCUUCUUCUGCACCAAAGGCAGCCUUCCCUGGACAAGGACCUGUUAAACCAGUGGCCCCACCACCGGGUCUUAAUACAUCCUGGGGAUUUACUGAAUCAUCAAAUACAUCAUCAUACAAAGGAGAGGAAGUGUUUGAAGAAGAACAAGAUCCUUGUGUCAUCUGUCAUGAAGAAAUGACACCUGAUACAACAGUCAGGCUAGAAUGUCACCACAGAUUUCAUGAUGAGUGCAUAAGGAAAUGGUUAAAAGAGAACAGUACCUGUCCAAACUGUAGAAUAUAUGCUUUGUUGCCAGAUGAAUUUCCAACUUUGAACUAGUUAUAGUUUAAAAAUAUUAUUGCAAAAAGAUAGUAUGCUAGUGUACUUCUUUACACCAUUUAUUUAAAAUAUUAUUAUUUUUGAACAGUGAUAUAAAGUUGUAGUUCUUUUUAUGAAUGUUUCAUGAUACUAGUACAUGAUUUUAUAUUUAUUAAAAUCUUUCGGAUUUACAUGUUGAAAUGAUAUGAGAUGGUUUUUUUUUUUUCAAACAAGUGAAAUUAUUGUCUACAGAAAUAUAUAUCAUUAAAGACCUGUUGACCUCUAAAGGUCGUGUCUUUUCGCCUGUCAUUGUUUUCUAAACUGUCUCAAUAACUGAACACAAGUCUCCUGUUUUCAAUGAAAAGUUAAUUGUUAUAUGAAAAUCUUCUAUUUUUAAAUAUUUUUAUUAUUAUAUUAUUUUAGUCUUGUUAUUUAGCCAAUGCACAUUUUCACUUCGACUAUUGUCAGCAAAGGUUUUAUUAGGAAGGCAAAGUCUUGAUAGUUGUAUGAAAAAGUAAUGAUUUUGAAAAUGCAAAAUCCAACCCACAAAGGUUGAAAAGAAUGUUUAAUAAUGUUGUUUGUCUUGGGAAGCGGUUUGUUUGAUUUGAAUUUAAGCAGCAUAAGCUAUUGUUCAAAAACACUAAAUUAUUCUUUUGAAAGUUAUACACUGUAAUUGUGGAAAAUGCUCAGUUUAUUAGUAUUUGUUUCAUAAAACAAGAUGUAAACUUGAUCUUUCUGACCUUUUAUUUCCUAUUUUAUAGCAUUUUACAAAUGUCUAUAGAAUUAUAAUAAUUUUCUGUUAAAGUGAACAGUCUGUUGGUGUGCAUAGAAAGCACAUAUUUAUGUCCUCCUGUUUUGGUUCAUUGGUGGUUUUUUUUAAUUUUAAAAGCAUAACACCUUUAUUUACUCACUCCUAGUUACAACCAUUUUAUAACAUUUGGAAAGAGAAUAAACGAAUUUUAACCUUGAAGUAACAUUGUGACAACAACAUGAACUAAGUGCCUUGUACAGUUAAAUGUCAAAACUAAAAUUACAAGCAUAAAAUGUAUUUUUUAUUUUUAAUUGAAGAUGUCACCAGAUUUGUAUUUGUAUGGAUGUUUUGCAUUGUUAUAUAUAUACAAAUGGAAUUUUAAUUGUACUUCAUGUCUUAAAAUAUCUAGUUUUUUCAAGUUUUAACUGACAUAUAAUCUUGAUACAUUUUUUACUUGAUAAAAAUUCAGCAGAAUAACAUCAACAUAAGUUUGUUUUUUGUUGUUGUUUUGUUCUGAUAGUUUUACUGAUAUAUAUAAUAAAUCAAAUGCCUUGUAAGAAGUUCAGAAAAAAAAAGUCUACUUGAAGAAGCCCUAACUUGUAUUGUCUAAAGAUUGAACCAUUGGGUUGUGAAAAUUGAAUUUGAUUUUGUAUGGUUUUAUGUUUAGAGAGUUUACUUCCCAGAUUAAGUAUUGUGAUAGCUUUACUUGAGAUGGGAUUCAGUAUCUAAUUGAAUAUUUAUUGCAGUUUCUUGUUACCACUUGUAUAUUAGACUUCCUCAUAAUGUUAUGUCCUUACUUCUAUUGAUGUACUAAUAGGUUAUUUUCAUGUUGUAUACAACAUAAACUAAUUUAUCUAAUAGGUUUUUACUACCAGAAUAAGAAAGUUUCCUACAAAAAGGAACUGAAAUAAUUAUAUAAAUGACUAUGUUACAGAAUUAAACAUAUAUCAAAUGCUUUUUAACAGUAAAAUAUAAAUGUUUGGGUAUAAUUUAUAAAAUAAUUUGAUGUGUGAGCUCUAUAAAUCUUUAUCUAAACAGUUUUGAAAGAGGUCAAAUCAAGGGAUUAUUUUAAUUUUCACCAGCCAUUAACAUAAUAUUGUUAUUAAGUAUAGAAAUGUUAUCCCUUGUUUAAAUUGACAUAUGACAAUAAAGAUUGUAUAAAUUA